CCGCUCAGGGACACAGUUAAAGAAAGGUGUCUUACCAGGAAAGGCUAAACACCCCAGGACGCGAUUGGUGAGCCGGAGACGCCAGCCUCCUCCUGUUGCUGUCGGGGCCUUGGAUGAUCCCUGCCUUCUGAGCCGUCGGGAGCAGCGCUGUCGGGUCCGUGGAGGGCGUGGGGGAAGGACUUGCGGGUUUGUCAGCGGCUAUGCCUUCCGCACCCGGCUUGGUUCCGCCCGGGACGCGCGGUUUAGUUUAGCAGUCGCGGUCUCCUUGCGGGUUUGGGUCUCCACAGGAGACCGGGGCAGGUCGAGCCCAUUGCCGUCUGGUGCUGGCCACCUAGGCUCAGGGUCAGCUCUCCUGCGGGCCAGAUGCACGAGUUACCUGUCACUUAUAAACCGUGUGCGGCUCACGCCUGCUCACCGCAAAGCCAACCAGUCACACUCCCCAGGCCUCGCCUACAGUUAAAUGGUUUCCUCAAGGUCACCUUUUUGUAGUCGUGGAUCGGCUGCCGGUGAGACCCUAUCUCCACAAACAAGCAAGCAAAUACCCUAAAACAAACACAAAAGCCGAUUUUGUUUGUUUUUUCUUCUGCCGCGUUUGUGGUCAGAAUUGAGCCCUUUAAAAAUUGGGGGCCGGAAGAAACCCCUUUUUCCUGGAUGUCUCAUUUUGAAUCAAAUCUAGCUGGUUUAGACCAAGAACAAAGUAUGUAGUCCAAACAAAAAAGGAAAAUCCUUGUUGCUUGAAGUUUGACGUUAGGGGGGUAAUUUGAUAUUAAUGGAACGAGUAACCAAGGUAAACCAGUUGUUUUGCAGAUUCUAUUGGAAUGGAUUUAGAGCCAUCAGGAUGGAAAUAAAACACAUUAGUGAAAGGCAGUUUUUAUGCCAUCACAGAAUACCCGACUUCUAGCUGCAGAUGGACCAAAGAAAACCUGUGCUAACAAAGGAACAGAAGCCUGUAUUUUGGAGACCCAUCCGUUAUAAAUAUGUUCUGUCUCAGAGGCCUCUCUCUACUCUCUCGGAGAGCGGUUCAGUUCCGCCCCUUCACUUUUGAGCCAUUAAUUACUCAAAUGCAGAACUGUACAGAUGAAGAACAAGUAUUUGAUCUUAUCGAAAGAAGCCCGGCCAUGCUUUCAGAGCCGCAAGUGGGUUGUGCGUUUAAUAUGCUCUGGCAGUUUCAGAAGCAGAAGACUAACUUGGAAAAAAACAUUGAGUUUGUUAGAAACCAUCCCCAGUUUCUUACUCUUUGCAACGCAACGGCGAAUCACAUCCAAGCAAUGGGUGAUGACACCCUCGUGGAUGUGCUAUACAGUAUAAGACAGUUUGGUGUUGAAUCCCAUCACCCUCUGGUUGAAGCACUGGUUACAGAAGCGUGGAAAAGGCUGGAAAGGUUUGAUACUAAUGUGCUCUCAAUAUUUUCUACUUGCCUGGCCGAUCAGCAUUUGUAUUUCAGUCCAUUAAUGGGAAAAAUAGCUGAUAUUGUAAACAGGAACUUGGAAACCAUACAGGACUUAAGGGCCUUGUCUGUCUUGAUGGUCAGCAUUUCUUCUAUAAUAUCCCACUGUUUCCAAGAGAGACUCGUGAACAAAACAGAACUGCUUUUUGACAAUGUCGACUCUUCCAAGGUCAACAAUGCUAGACGGAUAUUACUGUUCCUCCGCAAUGUCAAGUGCAGUUAUCACCCACUCCUGGAGCGGUGCAACACAGUGUUUAUAGGCAGUAUGAGCAGUCUUGACUUGGAGGCCGUCUGUAGAAUCUUCAGCCUGUAUCAGUCCCUGCAGUUCCACAGUUUUGAGUUUAUUGAAGUGGCGCGAAGGAGGCUAGUCGAGAUGAUCCCCUGGUCAUCUGGCCACCCCGCAAGUUUUGUCAGAUUGUUUACCACGUUGGGACCGGUGGCAGGGCCUGAAAUAAGGAAACAGCUUAAAUCAACUAUGCUGUUGAUGUCAGAGGAGCUGACCGGCCAGCAAGUGCUGACAGUGUUGAUAGCCAUGGAGGAUAUGGAGAGCAGAAAUGCACACUUGAUUAAAAAGAUUGCUUCGGUGCUAUAUAAACAUUUGGAUACCUAUAAAUCGAUAGAGCUACUGAAGAUAACACAAGCCUUGAGUUGUCUGCAUUUCCAAAAUAAGGAGCUUUUUAUGAAACUUCGAGAAUUAAUUCUCAGUCAUUUGGAAGCUAGCGUCAUGCCGAGUGAGAUUUGUAUUCUGGUCUCUGCUUUAUCCAUGCUUCCUUCCUCUCGCCUCGACCAGACAGCGCUGUCCCGCAUUGAAGCCAUUUUACCCCAGUGUGAUUUCAAGGAGCUGAGUGAUAUUGUAGUGUCUCUUCUGAGGUGGAUCCAGAAUGAUCACACAUGCUUGGCCGGCCCUGCUAGACAGCAACUGAAUCUCCUUCGGAAAUUAGAUCACUGGGGCCAUCAUCGAUUACAGCAAAGCACCAGCUUGGAUCUCCUGUGGGAGGAGCUUAAAGCUUUGAAAGGGGAAUGGCUUCAGGAGUCCUUGGUUGAAGAAUCAGUCGCUGCUUUGGAGCACUUUGUGGAUGAAAUCAAUGGCACCAACGUUGCAAAGAUCGCGUCUUUUCUUUCCAAAACUAACUACCUCAGCACCAUAAUACUUGAUAGGAUAGCUUCGGUGGUUGUCCAGCAGAUUGAAAAGAUCCAUCCCUUUUCCAUCCCCGCUACUAUUCUUCCAUUCAGUAUUUUGAACUAUGAUCCACCUCAAAGGGAUGAGUUUUUAGGAGCGUGUGUCCAGUGCCUUAAUUCUUACAAAGAAGAUCUGCUAAAGAAAAUGUUCACCAUCAAGUUCUUAGCCAGAUUAGAUUCCCAACUUGAAAUUUUACCUUCAAGUCUAAGUGCAAGGGUCCAGUUCCGCCUUAUGGAGUUAAAUAGAGCCGUCUGCCUGGAAUGCCCCGAGUUUCAGACCCCGUGGUUUCACGAUCGCUUUUGUCAAGGACACUUUAACAAAGAUGUUGGUGUUAUGACUGGAGCACAACAGCAGAUCUAUAAGAUGCUAGCAGAAAUCCUCGGCGGACACAGAUGUGUAAAGGCUUCAACUCUUUCGCCGUAUUACCACACAGUGGAUUUUGAAUGCAUUUUGGAUAAACGAAAAAAACCUCUUCCUUAUGGAAGCCACAGCCUAACUCCAGGGAAAUCACCGGGAAUAUACUGGGAGUCGAAUACUUCAAGAGUUGAGUCAAGGCUUCCACCAGAAUCUGAGAGGAUUGCUUUAGAAUUUUUGGAUGUAAGAGCCUUUUGUUCAAACAUUCAUCACUUAAAAGGAAAAUCUGCUAUGAAAAAACGACAUCUGGAAAUUUUGGGCUAUCGUGUUAUUCAGGUCCCUUACGUUGACUGGAACUCUAUGGCACUGUCCACACAGGAUGCGAGGAUGGACUACCUGAGACAACAUAUAUUUGGAGCAGGCAAAUCAUGAUUGAGUUUCCAUUUAAAACAACCAUGGCAUACCACGUCUCUAUUUCCUUUACUUAAGUGGUCUGACUCAAUUAAACAAUGCUAAGUGCAAGUAGUCUGAGUUGGGAGCACACCUGAUGUGUUUGGGAUUAACGAGCUCAGCUGUGGUUAGAGCAGAUCAAGUGGGAAGUGGUUGGGAGUAAAAAGUCAGAAGAGACAGUCAGCAGCGUAUGACUUCAUGGCUCCCCCGGGUGAGACGAGAAGCCGGUGCAAAGCUUUAAGCAAGGAAUGCUGAUAAUAUACACAGUUCGUAUUUUUAAAGUAUCUUAAGUAGUCCUGGCUGGUCUUAACCUUGUGGCAGUCCUCCUGCCUCUGCUUCUUGAGUGCUGGGAUUACAGGUAUGUGCCGUCAUGUCCAGCUAAGAACUCUUUUCAUAAGUGAGUUAAUCCCAAUGCUCUGCAGGGAGAGGUAGGAAGUCUGCUGUGGGUUCGAGGCCAGCUUGUGGGACAUAGUGAGUUUUAGGUCAGCCUAGGCCAUAGUGUGAGACACUGUCUCACAACAUCCACCCUAACCACCCCCCCAAAUAAAAAAAAUUCA